CGAGUGUGGAAGGGACCCCCAUAGCCACGCCAAGUAUAUAAUAACAAUGGUUUUUGACCUCGAGCAUUGACAGUGACCUUGUCUUUGGUUGUAGAGAGGAAGCGAAAAUGAAACUACAUGAAAAGGCUUGAGACUUUUGGGAUGUUAAUAUAUUAAAGUAAAAAGGGCCUUCACUUGGGGGGUGGAAAAAAGUGAGGGGUUAUUUAAUUAUCAUCAAGUUUCAGCAUUUAACAAUAUAAAAGCACAAGAGUAUGGGAUGAGUGCGGAGUAAGUAAUCGAUAUAAAUAUCACAUUAGAAAGAGAUACAGCCUUUACUCGAUGAUGCAUAGCUUCUAUGUUGUUCGAAAUUUUUUUAAAUUUUUUUAUUUUAAGGAUAAGUCGGAGGAAUUUGAAUGAACGCUUUGAUUAGUAAAAAAAAAAAAAUUAUGGAGCAUUGGAGGGUGUGUUCUGAAGUCAAAUGUGGAAGACACGAGCCGAAAAGAUGCAUACGUUAGAAGACGGUUGACCUUUGAUACGAAGCUUAACGUGACCAAGUCACUGUUUAAAACAUUGCGAUAAGCGCCACCUUGUUUUUUUUUUUUUUUUUUUUUCUUCGUCGUGUGUCUAUACGCGUCAAUCGUAUACAAAUAGGUUCAAUGUAGCCGAUAAAUAGCGGCAGUGCUGUGAUUUUCCCACAACUACGAGGUCGAGCACAAAAAAUGUUACUUUAAAACCAUCCAUAAAACGGAAAGUAUGACCACACCAGAAUUUCCAAAGCGAUCGCAAAGCGCUUGAAUAAUAACAUUGCACAAUGGAAGAGUGUCCUCUUUGUGGACAAUCCGUCCUUCAACCAAACACAAGACUGAUAAGGGACUCAUGUGGCCAUGUGAAAUGUCGCAUGUGCCUUCUAAAGGAGGACAAUGGAUGCAGCAUUUGCCAAAGUCGGCUAUCGGAUAGCUUGCAAUGUAUUCACGCAUCAAAUAAUUUACUGCCGGUCGAAUCAAUCGAUAAUAUCAAUCAUUCCGCACAAAAAAUAAUACUUAUCAACGACUUCCGUCACAAUACACACAGCGAAGAAGAAACACUGACUAUAACUGAAAUUACUGGUGAAAAUCUAGAGACACACGAAAAUGAAAAUUAUCACGCUGUUGCUGCAAUCGAGCUCAAUAAUACAAUUACCGAAAAUCGUAACUAUCCAUCAGUUGUGACGGAUGAAGAUCGUGAUAGCACGGAAAAUGAAGGAGAAGACGCUGAUAACCAUAAUUGUAAUCAAAUUGUUAGGUCUCCUAGUCACCCAAGCAGCUGUAGAAGCCCGGAAUUCAGUAUUCUUGAUUAUUUGAUAUUCAACAAUCCGUACAGUCAGUACAAAAGUUGUCCAAGUCCAGAAUUCAGAUUGAGUGAUUACAUAGUGAUAAAAUCCCCAAAUAGGUUUUCAGACGUCGAUCAACCAGAUAAAAGCCCGCACCAGUAUUUCAACAACAAAAGUCCACAUUUUUUUCGAUCCGAUUGUUUAAUAAUAUCAAAAAAGUCACCCACGCACAAGCCUUUUGCAAUUGAAGAAUGCCAAUUCGAAACCAUAUGUUAUGUACUGAACAACAAUGGGGAACUGACUGAAUUGAGUAAUUACAUUGUCUCAGAGUUUACAGAUGCAUCAACAACAAACAAACAACUUAUGAUCGAUUACGUUGAACCGACAAAUUCGAUUCCAGAAGGUAGUUGCGAAUCGAACCCUGCGAUAAUCGUGAUAGAAAGUAAUCAUGAAAAAUCAACGUGUAUUUUACAAGAAGUACACGAAGAUAAAGAAAAUAAUGACGAAUCUAAUAAAAGAGUUGAUCCAACCAAAUAUUUUAAUAGUAACAAAAGUAUUGAUAAUUUAACGAAAGCUUCUUGCACAAUGAAAAACCUAUUCCAAGUUCCCACUCAAAAAACAAAUUGUAGGGUAAGCAACAGCGUUAAUAGACAGAAAAAACCACGGAAAAGAAAAAUCAUAGAUGGACCGAUGAAGAGAAAAAUGUCUAAAUGCAAAAAACGCUCAAGUGAGCGAAAAAAAUUUAAGAACUUUCGAGGGAAAGUCGAUCACUGCCGGCUCGAAGUAGUGCCUUUUAAAUGUACUUUUGAAGGCUGCGGUCGGAUUUUUACCAAACGCACGCACUUUGAGUACCACGAAAAGGUUCACAGUGGUGAAAAGCCUUACGAGUGUGACGUGUGCAAAAAGCGAUUUAUUCAGAAAAAUAAGCUGCUUCGACACCUCACUUGCGUUCACGACCGUAACGAAGUUGAAUGCCAUGACUGCGGCAAGAAGUUCAAUUCCAAGGAUUACUUGAAGCUUCACGUACUUAUUCACCAAGAAAGGAUUCUAAAAUGUAGUUUUUGUACAAAAACUUUUACACUCGACUGCAAUAGAAAACGCCACGAACUUUUCCAUUCUCCCAAUAGACCGCACAAAUGCGACGUUUGUCCGGCAAAUUUUGUAACGAAAUAUCUGUUAAAGCGGCACAAAAAAAUACACGAAAAUAACAGGCCUUUUCCUUGCGAGCACUGCCACCAAGUAUUUUUAAGCAAAUCCGAGGUUCAACGUCACGCCACUUGUCAUUUUGACGAAAAACUGUAUUCCUGUAGAAAAUGCGACAAAAAUUUCGGUCGAAAGGAUAACUUGAAGCGGCACAUUAAGCAUCAGCAUCCGGAAAAUGAGUUUGACAAAUUAGUUGUUAUUAAAAAAAGUUCCUUGGAAAACGGCGACUCGGGGCCGGAUCAAGUAGUCAAGAAAUUGGCAGCUCCAAGAUUAAGGUUCAUGCCAAAAAUCAUCACGAAACGGAAUCCAAUUUUAAGUUCCCAAAGUUCACCAAUAGUGUCUUUGAGACAACCGUCAGAAAAGUUGGGGCAAAAAGAUACGGACAUGAAAGGAACUAGUAUCCCCCUUGAAAACAGUGGUAUGGAAAAUUCUUGUGACGAAAAAAAUUUAACAAAUAAAAACAAGAGAACCAAGACUGAAUGUAAAAAUAAAACGGCCUACGAAACAGAAGCAACGAAACAUAAUCAUUACACGCAUUGGAGACGCAGAAUUACAGAAUCCUUAAAAUCACAAGAUCGUCAGGAAUGAGUAAUUUGAAGCUGAGAGCAUAUUUUUAUUUUUUAGGCAUUUAAAUUGCAAAUCAAAAAUUUAAUAGCACUAUAAACUUUUUUGAA